CGGGUGCCAUGGAUACCCCUCUAAGGUUUAGUUCGUCUGUAGCAGCCAAUCUCACCCGUCCCCCUAAGAGCACUGACCCUGCGGAUGAAUUUGUCUACGCGUGGGCAUUCACGGACCCGUGGAGCAUCAGCUUAAAGCCUCAGUGUGACCCGUUGAUGCUUCCCCCAAGACGACAAGAGUAAAAUAGUACCCAUGGCGCAACUAUUUCACACGGUUGUCGCGGAUUUCAUUUCUUGGACUCAAAUUCUCUGGUUAGUCCUUGGUCUUGCGAUCACGAGGCUCAGCUGGGAAUUCCUCUUUUCGCCGUUGAAAGAGUUUCCAGGCCCCUUUGCAGCCAGGUUCACCAAUAUAUGGAGAGUGUUAGCAACCCUCCGCGGACAUGUGGACUUUGUUCAUAUCCAAUUGCAUCGCAAAUAUGGAUCCGCCGUACGGAUUGGACCGAAUGUGAUCAGCCUCGGAGAUCCAAAAUUGAUCAAAACGAUUUAUACAACAAAUGAUCCAUGGAAGAAGAGCGAUAUGUACCACCCAAAUGAUGUGCUACUGAACGGGGCCAGAAUAUCAAACCUUUUCAACACCGCGGACGAAAACUGGCAUAUGAACCAAAUCCGACCGAUUCAGAAUCUAUGGUCGAUGACUAAAGUUCUCGAAUAUGAGUCUCUGAUCGAUGAAACGCUUGAAAAAUUCGUGAAUAAGCUGGCGACUAAAUUCGUGACUGGAUCGAAUUUAGGGAGACCAUGUGCCAUCGACGAAUGGCUAGCAUACUUCGCAUGGGAUGUCACCGCCAAUGUCAGCUUCGGGCGGCAUUAUGGCUUCAUUGAUCAGGAAAAAGAUGUUGAUAAUCUCAUUAGCGAUUCGACGAAGGGCCUGAAGUAUUUUGCUCCAGUCUCACAAAUGCCAUGGAUUGACCACUUCCUCGACAAGAACCCAAUCAUACGGAUUGGCCCCAAGCCCACCCUGACAGGCGUCCUAUACGCAUUUGGAGUCGUUGCAGAAUACGGCAAGGAUCUUGCAGCACGCCAAACUGGAGAACGUUCUAUGAAACACACCUUACAUAAAUAUAUGCAACUACGGGAGACACACCCCGAGAUCGAUGACGCUCAGAUUGUGAAUUGGUUGAUGCUCAGUAUUCUUGCAGGUGGAGAUACUUCGUCGGCUGUCAUGCGUGCGGUUAUCUACUAUCUUGCCAAAUCUCCAGUAGCCUAUGGGAAGCUCACGCAGGAGUUGAAUGAAGCUAAACUGACUUUGCCGGCGCAGUGGAAGGAGAUUCAAAAGCUGCCUUACCUAGAUGCCGUCAUACGAGAGAGCAUGCGACUGAACCCCGGGAUUGCUAUGGUUUUUGAGCGUGUAGUGCCGGGGAGUGGCUUCAACCUCCCAGACGGACGUUACAUUCCUGCCGGAACCAAGGUUGGGAUUAACCCGGCAGUGACAAAUCGAGAUUACGCAGUAUUUGGAAAAGAUGCAGAUUCCUUUAACCCUGGCCGUUGGCUUCAGGGCAGCGACGAGAGCCAGGAGACAUUCCAUGCUCGACAAAGACAGAUGAAGGAUGUCUGCGACUUUACCUUCGGAGGAGGGCGGAGGAUCUGCAUGGGCCGACACCUGGCCACGCUAGAAAUCUAUAAGCUGAUUGCGACUCUGUACAGCUUGUACGAUAUCAAACUAGUUGAUCAAGACCAUGAGUGGAAGUAUCUCAAUGCUUGGUUCGUGUAUCAGCAUGAUAUUCCAGUCACAAUUACCCGCCGAAACUUCAUCAGUUAGGAGAGACUUGAAGUAUUUGAAGAUACUGCGAAUUCAUAUUUUACAGUUCCCUAAUACGAUCUAAAACAGAAGAGCAAG